CCUCGCUAGCCUCGCCGCGCUGGCCCGCCAGGCCUGGGUAAAACCCAGAACCACCCCUUCUCAAUCGAUAAUCUACCACCCCAUAGGGGAAUUCUCAACACAUAAUGCAGGGCUUCAAUAUGGGACGAUACGUCCCGCCGGACCAAGAAGGCACGACGUCCGGUAACGCCCUGCACAAAAAGCACCCUCUCGGCGCACGCGCCCGCCACCUCAAGACCACGGGCGCCCUGAUCGUGCGCUUCGAGAUGCCGUUUGCCGUCUGGUGCACCACAUGCCAGCCACACGAGACGUUGAUUGGCCAGGGGGUGCGCUUCAACGCCGAGAAGAAGAAGGUCGGCAGCUACUACUCGACCCCCAUUUACAGUUUUCGCAUGAAGCAUACGCCCUGUGGCGGCUGGAUCGAGAUACGCACGGACCCGAGGAAUACGGAGUAUGUGGUUGUGGAAGGCGGGAGAAGGAGGGAUACUGGGGAUGCCGCUCGGGAUUUGGGUGGAGAGAUUGUGGUUGGAGGGGUGGGCCAGGGGAAGAGUAAAGAGGAGGAUCCGUUUGCCAGACUGGAGGGGAAGGUGGAGGAUAAGAAGAGAGGGGAUGAGGAGAGAGAUCGCAUUCUGGAGCUGCAGACGCGGCAGGCGCGGGACUGGGUGGAUCCGUACGAGAAAUCUAGACGGUUGCGGAGGACGUUUCGGGAGGAACGGAAGGGGCUGGAGAGGAAGGAGGCUGACAAGGAGAAGCUGAAGGACAAGUUGAGUCUUGGUAUCGAGGUUGUGGAUGAGAAUGAGGAGGAUCGCGUCAGGGCGGGAUUGGUCGAGUUUGGCGAAGCCGGGGACGAGAGGAAAACUACGAGGCUGAAGCCGUUGUUUGUAGGCAAGGUGUCUGGAAUCAAGGCCGGAAGUGCAUUGGAGCAGCGGAAGGCCCUUUUUCGCAGUGAGUUAAGGGGAAAUACUCGUGCCGCCAUGGACCCGUUUCUCAGCAGCGAUGCCAGUCAGUGGCGUCCAGGGAUUAAAAAACGGAAGGUUGCCGCAGAGACUCGGCCUAUUGAGGAGUCCAGACAGAGCAGUGCAACGCCUGAGGACCAACCCGAUAAGACGACGGAGACACUUCCGCUGGCCUCGGCCGGGCUGGUGGACUAUGCAUCGGAUUCUGACUGAUUUUACAUGGCGGUGCCUGCACUUACGGCGUUAUUUUGGUUGCUCAUGAUACCCUGGCUUCUUGGUCGAUACGUUUGAUUAUUAUAUACAAUCUUCUUACCGC